AUGACAUCUGAGCUGCAAAAGCAGCAUGAGAAUAUGGAUGCACAAGCCAUAAUUCUACAUCUCAAGGAGCUUUACGAAACAAAUGCUCGACAUGAGAGGUAUGAGGUGUCAAAAGCGUUGUUUAGGAGCCAAAUGACUAAGGGAGCCCAAGCUGGUCCUCAUGUGCUUAAGAUGAUUGGGUAUAUAGAGAGGUUUGAGACUUUGGGUUUUGGUGUGGAUGCAGACUUGCAAGUGGAUAUAAUUCUACAGUCACUACCUGAUUCUUAUUCAUCGUUCAUAAUGAACUUCAAUAUGAAUACAAUGGUGAAGUCCUUGUUAGAGCUAUUAAAUAUGUUGAAGAUUGCGGAGCAGGACUUGAAGAAGUCCAAACCUGUUUUGCUGGUUCUUGUUGCUAAAGCCAAGGGUAAGGGUAAGGGUAAGGCCAGGUUCUAUCCCAAGUCCAAACCCAAAGCCCAUGAUGCUUUUAAGCCUAUUAGUGGCAUUGGAAAAGGUGGAAAGAUAGUUUACUUCUACUGUGGCAAGCCUAGCCACUAG